GUUAAAUUUAGAGCAGGUUUUCCAUCACCUGUUAACAAUGGUGAGACGUAUGGGCCUCGUUAUAUCAUCAACCGUUUUGUUAGCGGUCUUGAUUGCCAACACUGAGGGAGUUGUAAAGUCUCUGCAUGUCGUUAAAACUGUAGAAGAUGUCAAGUCAAGGUUUGAUGCUGCCGCUUGGGCACGUCGACUUGAAAACCUGGAGCCCAGAGUUGAUCCAUUGGCAAAGGAGUUCAAACAAAUUCCUGGCGCAGGCCAGCUCGCAAAACGGACGACUGCUCUCUCGCCUCAGAUUGUCGGAGGUUCUGUAGCGACGCUGGGCCAGUUCCCGUGGCAUGGGUUGCUUGUUGUGUCAGACGGCUCUACCGAAGGUCUUUGUGGCUCCUCGCUUAUUCUGCCGAAGUGGGCUCUAACAGCUGCGCACUGCAUUAACACAAAAGCUGGAGUAACGCACACUGUCACAUUCGGCACGAUUUCAAGAUCAAGUCCCUCAUCGGGCUCUGUGGAGAGAGUGGCAACUUAUAUAAUGCAUGAGCAAUACAACUCCGCAACAACGGUAAAUGACGUUGCCUUGCUAACAUGGUCUGCUGACGUAGUUUUAACAGACAACAUAAAACUGAUUGCCCUGCCAAGGCUUUCUCAGCAAACUACCACCUUUUUGGACGCUUGGGUCAUAAUCAGUGGAUUUGGAAGGACUUCUGAUGCCACUCAAGAAACAAGCGAUGUUAUGAAAUACGCCAACCUCACUGUGAUCGCAAACGCGAAUUGUUCAGCAUCAUAUGGCAGCUAUUCGGAUUCAAACUUGUGUGUGACGGCAUUAGCAAAAGACCAAGCCGAUUGUCAAGGUGACAGUGGUGGGCCGUUGGUGUACUUCAAUUCCACAUCAAACACAUGGGUACAAAUCGGAGUCGUCUCUUAUGGUGGAAGUACGUGCUUGAAUACCUUGUCAGUUUUCGCAAGAGUUACCUCGUAUCUGGGAUGGAUAACAAGCAAAUCUAGUUAUGAUGCAACCGACCCAACCACACCAACUACGGCACCAACAACCACUACGGCACCAACAACCACUACGUCACCAACAACCACUACGUCACCAACAACCACUACGUCACCAACAACAACUACGGCACCAACUACUACUACGGCACCAACAACUACAAAGACAACAACAAUAAAGACAACAACAACAAAGACAACAACUACAAAAAAGCCAACAACUACCAAGACCACAACUACCAAAAAACCUACCACGCCUAAGCCACCGAAUUGUGCUUCCGGCAACUUCGCGGACAUGCUGACGAAAUGCUGCUCGUCAACACCAAAUGCCCUGGUCCCCUAUAAUAAAACGGACAAAACGUGCAAAGUGUCGCAGACCGCCUUGAAACCUUUCAAUCAGUUCACCCUCAACAAGCAGCAGAGCUUGAAAAACAGUCUCAACAACUCGAUCGAUUUUACCAGCUCUAAACUAUUCAAAGAUCUGUCUAAAGAUAUAUGCUUUGUGUAUUGCUACUUGAGCAGCAAGGGAAUUAUUGUUGAUGGAACCCUCGACACUGAUGCCCUAACAACGCUCUUGACUGCAAAUCAAGUGGACCCGUGGUCGACCCUCAUCACCACUGCCGUGGCUGACUGCGCUACCUUUAUACUUGGGCUCGGCUUGCCAAUAUAUACUAGUGGAUCUACCUCUUGCGACCCUGCCCCAUACUUUAUUAUGCAAUGCGUGACUUUCAAGAUGAUUGAUGGAUGCACUGAUAAAGUGGUUGGAAAGAAUCCUUGCAAGGCCAAUUAUGAAUUGUUUGACAAAUGCAAAGGAUAUAUUCUUCAGACGGACAGUGGUUCUUCAGACGGCAAGCUAAAAAAUAUUGUAAAGAAAAGGUUUGGUGGAAGAUAAGAAACAAAAACUACAUUUGAGAGCAUUUGUCUUAAUGGAUGACGACUUAUGGCUAUGAAACGGAACGAAUGGAACCAACUAUUAUUAAAUGCAAAAUAUUUGGCAAGAUUACUAGCGCAAUUUGGAAUCUUUAUUGGGAUAAAAGGGAUAAAAUAAGAUAAUCAAUAUGGAAAUAAAAUUUACUUCUGCAAAAAUCAA